GCUCCUACCUCCUUUCUAUUGUCCGCUACAUCCUCCACACAAUGGAAAAUGAGGAGGCUAGGGAAGCAAUGGGCAGGGGUUUGGCGCUAGUAAAGUGGUUGCAUGAAGCUCUUCCUCAUUGGACUUGGCAUUGAUUACAUAAUUCUGCCGACCCUUUGCCGGACUUUUUUCCAACUUCGCAGCAUCGCGAGUCUAAACGCGGAACUCGAUCGAUAUCAAUAACAGCUGGCCGGGGCGGAAGCUGGGGCAGAUCAGACAACAUGAUUCAAUUAAAGACGAUGCUUAACUGCAUCGACAACUCGGGUGCCGCCCUCGUCGAAUGCGUCAUGGUUGUCGGCCAGAAGAGACAUGCGUCAAUCGGCGACCGGAUCGUUGUUGUGGUCCAGGAACAGCGCAACGCCUCGUCUCAAGGCAUGGCAAGCUCAUCAACCAGUCUCAAAGUCAAGCGGGGCGACAUGCGGCACGCGGUGGUUGUACGGACGAGGUACAAGGUUGGAAGGGGGGACGGCAGCGUGGUGCGAUUCGACGACAACGCGUGCGUGCUCAUCAACAAGUCGGGCGACCCCGUCGGUAGUCGAGUAAAUGGCGUCGUCGGCUCGGAGCUGCGCAAGAAGAAGUGGAGCAAGAUCUUGAGUAUGGCUCCAAUGCAGGUUUGACCGGUCAUGGCUCUCUGACUGGGCUGAGAUGGGGAUGCCGUGUACGUUGUUACGAGGAGGGCGGGCUGGAGGAGCGGAUGGAGAGAUGUAUCAUGCGUCUCAACUGGAUGUACCAUAUAAGCAAGGCAUCGUGGCGGAGUUGGAUGGCGUCGUCGAUGGCAAGGCAGCCAAUAGAACCAAGAUCUGUUUUCCGACGGCACUCGAGGAUAAAUAGGGCUUACCCCGUGCUUAUAGCUAGGAUAUGGAUGACCCGAAGGGUGUGUAGAGUCACGAAGCACGAGUUGAUAAUAAGACGGCAUUGACGAUGAAUUGACAUUGAGAACUCC